UCAUAUUUCCUCAUUGGAAAUAUUCACACCUUUGUCUUUUCACACCUUUCUAAUUAAUGAUUGCAGCUAAAAUUAACAGAUUUUAGUAUGUAUUUUAAAUGGCACAGUACUGUAACUAAUUUGUAGGAUAUCUCCUUUACGUAAGACUUGGGCCACCUUAGGUGUACCAGUUAUUUGCUUAACAGGGUUUAAUUCAUGCAAGUCAAUGUUCUUCUGUUUGUCCCCAUUAAUAAAUUCAUUAGAAGGAAGUUAGACCCCCGCUGUGAGCAAACUUUCUUCAUUCAGCCUGUUACAAUGGAAAAAUUUCACAUUUAGUCCAGAAAAAAUGAUAAACAAACCAAUCCUCUCCAGGUGUUUAAAUCCUUGCUUGUCCUCCCAAUACAAGACUAGUGGUUUUCCUUUAAAAUAGGGUAUGUACACAGGACAACAGCUUCCAGUUUCACAUAAAUUGUGUACUGUAGGAUAAUUGCUAACACAGCAUUGCUAGUCUUGUUUCACACCUUGUUAGCACUGCAAUUAGAUUUCUUUACAUUUACUGAUUGCUGUUUUGCAUACUUGACUUAAUUCUAUCUUGUUUUAGAGCUUAAGGGGCAGCUGUCUUGUAGCAUUGUUAUAAAUUGUGGCACUGGGCACACAGUGGACCAUUCAGCCACAAGGAAUCUGAGAGAGUUUCAACCUGGAGAAAUGGUCCACACAAAGAUGCUGGGUUUUCUAUGCAUCAUUAUUUUUUUCCAAGCAUGCACUUCAAGGCCUACUGAAAACACAGAGGACAUUGCUGUGCCUGCCGAAAACCCUGAGCAAGUAAGAUCUGAGGCCCUCAAAAGGCUUUUAGAAGUUUUUGGCAUUGAUGGCCCGCCGCAUUCUCUGCAUCAUGCCAAACAGCCACCCCAAUACAUGAUUGACCUAUAUAACACUGUAGCUGAUGCAAAUGGGGUCACCAAGGACCCAGAUCUUUUGGAGGGGAACACAGUUAGAAGUUUCUUUGACAAAGUUCACAGUGACCAGAUGUAUUUUCUGUUCAACCUUUCAACUGUGACUAAGAGCGAGAAGAUACUAACAGCUGAGCUGCACCUUUUCAAACUGAAACCCAGACCUACAGAGCACGCUUACUUCACAAGACAUCACUACUGCCAGAUAAGUGUGUAUUUAGUUAUGGACAAACAUAAAAUGCAGUUGCCACAAGGAAGAAAGCUGCUGUCUUCAAAACUUGUCCCUAUCCAUUCUUCAGGCUGGGAAGUGUUCUCCAUUACUCAAGCGGUCCGUGCUUGGAACGAUGAAAGCCACAAUCAUGGCAUUCUUGUAACGGUGAGAAAUCUAGCAGGAGGGCACGCUGACACCAAUAUUAUCAGAUUUGCCUCUGGAAAAGACCAUCAUGAAAGCAAACACCCCAUGCUUGUUCUCUUCACUGAUGAUGGUAGAAGGGGAGUUGUGUCACUGGGAAACCAGCCAGGUGGCCAUCAGUUGGCAAUACCCAAUGAGCCUAAUGCACCAGCCCCAAACAGGACCAGGAUGACAAGAGCAUUGCAGGAGGAUGGACACCUGCCCUGCCAGAGACAUCCCCUUUAUGUAGACUUCGAGGAGAUUGGCUGGUCUGGAUGGAUCAUCUCCCCAAGAGGAUAUAAUGCUUAUCACUGUAAAGGGUCAUGUCCUUUCCCCCUGGGACAAAACAUGAGACCCACCAACCAUGCUACAGUGCAAUCUAUAAUUAAUGCUCUCAAACUCACACAAGGUGUUUACAGUCCAUGCUGUGUCCCUGACAAACUUUUCUCUAUAAACUUGCUUUAUUUUGAUGAUGAUGAAAAUGUUGUUUUGAAGCAGUACGAUGAUAUGGUUGCGGGUACUUGCGGAUGCCACUGAAGAUAAUAAGAUAAUUACUUGGAAAUCAGUGGAGCACAGAUACCGCUACAAGAAGUAAAAGCCCUAUGAAAAUGCAGGAAUAUCUGUGUAUGUUCUGCAUGUUCAAUUCAAUGAACAUUUGUUUAGAAGCACUAGUGGAUCAUGGUAACAAAUCUGUAAUGGGUACUGUAAUUAAUUUUGGGGUCUAUGUACCAAGCCUUGGA